UUUUGACAGUUCGUGAAAAUAGGAAAAUGCAUUGUUUUGGUGUACCGUUUAGUCAUUAGCGAAUAAAUCGUUGAUAUUUCGAGUGAACUGAUAAGAAGCAAGUAUUAAAAGGUGUCAAUUGCGAUCUGCGCAAUAAUGUGUGGCCAAGAAUGGAUUGGUAAUUACCAAUAAUCAGCUCUAUAUUUACAAACGAACGACGAUAAGGGUGCAUCGCAGUGGCCUGGAAGAAGUUGUACGUUUCCUUGUGAGCAAUACAAAGUGAAGAUAGCAGUUGGGGGUGAUUCCUUUGGAGAAAAAAAAAGUGGACACUUUCCAAUCGUCAGUGGAGGAUCGAGAAAAUGAGAUCAGUUUGUCUGCAGGUUGCGAAGUGCAUCCUUUACUUGGUGCUGCUGUUGGUUUUCAUUCUCUUGAGUUUUGCUUCGCGUGUUUUAUUCGUAUGAACUGGCCCCUCAGGUCCUACAACGCGCUUCGUUUUUCAAUUCAUCUCCUUUUCCCAUUCGAAAGUAUCCACCCAAACCGUUCUGCUCGGUAUGACUCACGUAACUAAGAAAUCAUAUCGCAAGUAAUAAAUGAAGCUUAAUUAAUAUAUCAUAAAAUUUAAAACGUGAAAACAAUUAUGUUCAAGGAUCGAUUUUGGCGAGGCAUCCCGAAUUCUUGUAACCCGGUAGCACCAUCCACUGAAACGGCAGAAAGCACUAGCCCCAGUGCUUCUCUGCCAGUGCAACAGCAACAAGAGCAUGGCCAAUGAAGAUGAAAUCCGAUCUGCAGUUCAUUCGAUGUAUAGCCAACAGUAUCAGCAGUACCAGCAGCAGUUCAUGCCGCAUGGUCCUGUACCACCACAACUCUCACACCAUUCAUACAGCUCAUCGGUGAUGCCGGGUGCCGCAGGACUUCCACGAUCACAAUCCCACAUGGUUAACCUGCUGAGCGAAGACUUCAUCGCCGGCUACAUGGACGAGGGACGGAUGUCGGUAGUUCGCAGAUUUUUCUGUCUGUUUGUUACUUUCGACGUUGUGUUUAUCUCGUUACUGUGGAUCAUUUGUGUAAUGAUAACCGGCGACAACAUAGUGCAUGCCCUUCAAACCCAAGUCGUCCACUACACGAUCUAUACGUCCUUAUUCGACGUGGUGGUGACCGCGUUGCUACGGUUUUUGUUUUUAAUCUUAUUUUAUGGAUUAUGUCAUCUGAAUCAUUGGGUUGUUAUUGCGCUGUCUACCACUGGUUCGUGCGGAUUUUUAAUCUACAAAGUGUUUGUAUACAAUUGGACAGCAACGCCGCAACCCGUUUUUGAGGUUCUGCUAAUCGUUGUUUCGUUCGUGAUUGCAUGGGGAGAGGCAUGGUUUUUGGACUGCCGUGUGAUACCACAGGAGCGUUACGCUAGGAACUAUUAUGUUGCGUUAAGCAAUCCAGCGGCGGAAUCUCGGACGCCACUGCUGGCACCAUUCCUGAGUGCUGCCCUGAGUGGCCGGACGGAAAGUGUGGGUAACUUCUACUCGCCGUACGACUCCAUCCACAACAGCGACGAUGAGGAAGAUGCGCAGGAUGAGGAGUUUAAAAAAAUGGGCAUAGAAUGUGUCCGCAAGGCGUACGUAUUGCUUGAAUCUACGGAUUGGAAGGUUGAGAAGAUUACUUCCAAAGGGGAUACCAUCCAAAGUUGUACUCAGGAUAAAGUAGGAAAAAUUUAUAAAUUGACGGCAAAAAUACAUUAUCCGGCAAAAAAGUUGCUGCAGGAAUUAUAUUACAAGAUUGAAGAUGUGCCCACCUGGAAUCCUACACUGUUGGAAUCAAAGAUCAUCAGAAAAAUAGACAGUCACACGGAUAUUUCCUACCAAGCAACCAUCGGCGGUGGGGGAGGCGUAGUGAAGUGUCGGGACUUUGUGAAUCUCCGAUGUUGGCAGUUGUGUCGCGACGGACGUGUGAUAGAGGGCGUGGAUUUACAUCCUUCCAAUUCUCAAGCCCCACUUCUGACCCCAGUCACCGAGGAGACCAACGACGGAGAGGACAACGAUGACGAUGAUGAUGUCAUCGGGGGUGCCGAUAGUGAUGAAGAAUGCAUUCUGCAAAAGGCAUCGCCGAUGAUGACCAAAUCGUGUAGUGAAUUUAAGUUAGGAAGCAGUAGUGUAAGUGAUAGUAACGACCAAGCUACAAAAAGGGCUUUUUCGUCGCUGAGUAAAAGUUUGGGUGCACAAGAUUUUCACCACGGUGGAGCUGGCGGUGCCAAUUCCGACCCGGAGGACGUCUUUUCGGAUGCUCUUACUGAACAUCAUGACCGAGCAGGGGACUCUAACAGGGAUACCGCUGCAAAGAGCCGGAGAAGGCUCAGACCUGGUGAUGAGGUGCCGAAGGGUGGCAAUGUGUUUGUGAGUGCUGCAAUUAGUAUUGAUUAUCCUGGUGCUCCUGUUUCUAAUAAGUAUAUACGAGGCGAGAACAAAGUGUCAUGCUGGGCAAUGCGUGAGAUCGAGAACCAAAAAGACUACUGCAUUUUCGAGUGGCUGCUGUGUUUGGAUUUGAAAGGCUAUAUUCCACGUUACGUUUUAGAUACUGCCUACACAACUCUAAUGCAAGACUACAUGACCCACCUUCGCAAUUAUGUGGCGGAGCUCCGGAAACAAGAAAAAGUGCCUGCAGCAACCGUUCAACAAGUCGUUCCCAAUUCUACCGAACCGUCGAUCGGUGGUCCCAAAUCUUCCUAGUUUAUUACCAAUUAGUCAAAACUAGAAAUUCUAUUUUGUUUAUAUUGAUAUGCAAUGAUUUCUAGAUAUGUAAGUCUCAAGUAGCUUUGAAAAGGGCACUUUUAUUUUGUGGGCGUUUCCCACAAUUUCUGAAUGCUUGUCAAUAGCAAAUAAAAACGUAUGAUUUUAUAGAAA